AUAGAGAUAGAGAUGUCAGAUCAACAGAUUGAUGAACAACAGCAACAACAACAGCAGCUACCACCAAAGCCUGUUUGGACGACACACAAGUUGAACAAAGAGCAUGAACUCAGAUUCGAGGUGGACAAAGAGGCAAAACUAAAGUUGACAAAGGGUACAGCAGAGUACUUUGGUACUGAACUUGCAGUGAACAGAGAGUAUACAUUAUGUGCAAAUGCAAGAGGUGCUGUGUUUACAUGGUCUGGAUGUGAGUUGGAGAUGUCUGUUGGUGUCAGAACAUACAUUGCCAAUGAAACACCAAUGCUAGCCUACUCAAAGAUACACAAGGAUAUUGAUAAUCACCGCACUGCAGUGAUUGACACUCGCGAUCAAGGACCAAGAGUACUGAUAGCAGGACCAACAGAUGUUGGUAAGAGUACAUUGUGCAAGAUAUUACUUGGUUAUUCAGCAAGACUUGGCUUUGCUCCAUGCUUUGUGGACUUGGACCCUGGUCAGGGAGGCGUGACACUGCCCGGCGCACUCUGUGCGACAAUCGUGGACAAACCAGUGGACAUUGAGGAGGGACUCUCCAACAGCGUACCAUUCGUUCAGUUCUACGGCCACACAUCACUGGACCUCAACCCCAAUCUCUACAAGGCCCAGAUUCAAUCAUUGGCACUUUCUAUCGACAAGCGUUGCGAGAAGGACAACAAUGCUCGAGUCUCUGGCAUUGUGGUCAACACAUGUGGUUGGAUCGAGGGUCUGGGCUACGAGGUGCUGCGCACCAGCAUCACUCUGCUGCGCAUCAACAUGAUCGUGGUGAUCGACAAUGAGAAACUGUAUAGCGAGCUGGCGCGCGAAUACAGCUCACCCGAGAUGAAGGUGAUGAAGCUGCCCAAGUCGGGCGGAGUGUUCCUGCGCUCGUCGACCUUUAGAAAGAACACCAGGAAUCUGAGGAUCAGAGAGUACUUCUACGGCAUGCUGGGCGACCUGUGUCCGCACAUCACCAUCGUGGACUUCAAGGACGUCGUCAUCUACAGGACUGGCGGUGGUCCCGCUGCACCACUCUCUGCGCUACCCAUUGGCGCCACCUCAGCCAUGGACCCACUACAACUACAAGAGAUAUCACCAUCACUCGACAUGCUACAUUCCAUCCUCGCCGUCUCCUAUGCCAAGAACGCACAAGGUAUACUCAAUAGCAAUGUAGCUGGAUUCCUCUAUGUCAAGGAUGUCAAUAUGGAAACAAAGAGGAUCACAGUGUUGGCACCAUGUCCAGGCGAUCUACCAACCAAGUUCUUGUUGAUGGGAACACUUAAAUGGUUGGAA